AUGGCCACCAUAAAAUUCAGGGAGUUCAGUUUCCGCAUGCAUGCUGGGUUCACUCUGCGCUUCACUCUGCGCUUUACCAUUUUUGGUGCCAUAACGCCCUCCAUUAAAUCUAGGGAUGCAGGUGGAGUAAUAAUAUCAUUUACAGUCUCCAUUGCAAUUGGACUGAUAAUUGGAGGUUUGAUAUGGGUUCUAAUCACAUGCUUGUCCCGCCGGCGUGCCAGUGCAGCUAUUUCCCCAAGAAUGACGAGCUCAUCAAGUCGCCGUCCCAGAACUUCUUCUCAAAACCAGGCAUCGAAUAGAUCUGGGUUUUAUCGUAACAGUAGCUGUGAACGUAGGAGCAACCUCAGCCUAGCCAGCCUGACUUUUCAACGGCAGACUUCACAAGAGCAGCCUGAUCCAUUUACAAGAAAACCUAGCUUCAGAGCAUCCACUUUUCAUCCAUUUUUACAAUCUGCUCCUCUAGCGGUUGAAGCUGAAAGUCAACUUGUUACUCUACCUCGUGCCAACAGCACAUCGCCAACAAUUAACACCACUGGCAACUUUGGACGUCCUGACUUUCACUGGUCUAGCAAUAGCCUACGUCUUGGUCUCGCAACUCACACACCACCUCCAGCCUAUGAAAGUAUCAUUAAAGCUUUUCCUGACCCUUGAAAAUUGUUGGAUUGUUGUAAAAAACACUCACACAGUUCAUUACACUAAAAGUUCAAGGCAAAAAAAAAAA